AUGGUCAUAGGAUUGAAAUGGGGUAAAUGUACUCUGCGAGUCUUCCGAGAAGCCUCACGGAUCUUGGACCGACCACCAUCCACCAGCUGGGAGCAACCGGUUCCGGAAUCGGGUUCUGUCCAUGAUCUCCGGAGUGAUUUCGACAUACGAUGUGGCGAAGGCCUGCGGGAACUUCCGAUAAUGCGUCCCAGAUGGACCUGCGGAGUGUUGUUCUCAACUGAGUAUCUGCUUGUCUCUCGAUACAAGCGGCAUAAGCCUAUUAUCUUCUAUCCAAUACGUUGUGGCACCAAGCCAUCAUCCCAAUUAUCCGCCUUGAUUUGGAAACGUUCCUUCGGCCGGGAUGUCGACCUCAUCGAAGUCUCUGUUCUGCCAAAGGACGACGGCGCAGAUGAAAUGUUGGGAGCUGGAGGCGGGGACGGAGUCAACCCAACAGAGUUCCUCGGCGAAGAUGUGUGA